AUGUCUUUACAAUUAGUAGACCAAUUUAUAUCAAAGCACCCUAAGCCUGAAGGAGAUGUUAGUUAUGGGACUGCUGGGUUUCGUAUGAACGCAUCCAAAUUGGAUUAUGUCAAUUAUACUGUAGGAAUUUUAGCCUGUUUAAGAUCCAAGUAUUUGGGUCAAACUGUUGGUGUAAUGAUCACUGCUUCUCAUAAUCCUCCUCCAGAUAAUGGUGUUAAGGUAGUCGAUCCAUUAGGUAGUAUGUUGGAAAGUUCAUGGGAAAGUCAUGCUACUUUAUUAGCCAAUUCCUCCCAUGACCAAUUAGUCAGUAACAUCAAAACCUUAGUUGAACAAUUGAAAAUUGACUUAUCAGUGAAAGCUCACGUUAUCAUUGGUAGAGAUUCAAGAGAAAGUAGUCCUAGAUUAGCUGAAAGUACCAUUGAUGGUAUCAAAUCAAUUGAAGGUUCCACUUUUGAAGACUUUGGUUUAUUAUCUACACCUCAAUUACAUUAUUUAGUUAGAACUGAGAAUGAUCCAGAUUAUGGUGAAUAUAGUGUUAAGGGAUAUUAUGAAAAGAUGACUGAAGCUUUCAAAUUAAUGUUCAAAGAUUGUGAAAAUCAAACCGCAAUUGAUUUAACUAUUGAUGCUGCUAAUGGUGUUGGUGGUCCAAAAGCUCAAGAAAUGUUUGAAUACUUAUCAUCAGAAAUCAAAUUGACUUUGAUUAACGACGAUUACCAACAACCUGAGAAAUUAAAUAGCGAUUGUGGAGCUGAUUUCGUCAAGACUAACCAAAAAUUCCCUCAUGGAGUCGAUGAAAAUUGUCCUCAAGACCAAUUAUUUGCUUCAUUAGAUGGAGAUGCUGAUAGAUUAAUCUGUUACUAUAGAGAUGAAACUUUCCAAUUAUUAGAUGGUGAUAAAUUAGCCACCAUCAUUGCAUUAUAUUUUGAAAAAAUCUUUAAGAAACUUUCAUUGGACUUGAAAAUUGGAUUAAUCCAAACUGCCUAUGCUAAUGGUUCAUCCACUAAGUAUGUUGAGGAUGUAUUGAAGAUUCCUGUUGUUUGUGCUAAAACUGGAGUCAAACAUUUACAUCAUGAAGCUGAAAACUUUGAUAUUGGUAUUUAUUUUGAAGCUAAUGGUCAUGGUACUGUUAUCUUUUCACCUGAAUCUGAAGCCAAAAUCUUCCAAUAUAAAGCACAAAAUGAUGAAGAAUCCAAAGCUUUAGAAAAUUUGAAGAAUUUCACAAAAUUAAUCAACCAAACUGUUGGUGAUGCUAUCAGUGAUUUGUUAGCUAUCUUGAUUAUUUUGAAAUAUUUGAACUUCAAACCUUCCGAUUGGAAUAAAUCAUACACUGACUUACCUAACAGAUUAAUCAAGGUCAUUGUUCCAGAUAGAAACUCAUACAAAACCACCAAUGCUGAAAGAACAUUAGUUGAACCAAAAGGUUUACAAGAUAAAAUUGAUUCCAUUGUCUCCAAAUAUCCAAGUGGAAGAUCUUUUGUUAGAGCUUCAGGUACUGAAGAUGCCGUUAGAGUUUAUGCUGAAGCUGAUACUGAAGAUAAUGUUAUUAAAUUAGUUAAUGAAGUUAAAGAAUUGAUUGUUUAG